AUGAACCUCGAACCACGCGGAGCGACUUUUGUUGAUGCCCUAGAACAUAUUGAACCAGACGAGAGCUUUGGGCCGGCCCGAAAUAUCGGCGCAGUCCGUCCUGCAAACCUCACCUGGGGUGAAUUCCACACGUUGAAGAUCGAUGUCGGUGUCUCUCGCGGCUGGGCGCCCAUUCUCUGGGCAACAUUCCCUGGCGUCGCGUACAUCUUGUGCAUCUAUAUCUCUCCACACUUUGAAAUGUGCCAGUACAAGCUCCACUCUGUCGAGCCCCCAGGAGGCAUCGUGGGGGUGGAGCCGGAGGAUGUCGCCCCCAUUGAGAUCAAUGACGCCAUGGUGGUGACGAUGGACUCGCGACGGCUUCUUGCUCUCCCUUCGCAUGUUCCACUCCCUCUUGGUUUCGCCAAUCCAAAUGUCCAGUUUCAGCUCCAGCCUUUGGUGCUUGACACCAUAGCGUGUGCCCAGCGUAAUGGUUAA